AUGGAGUCGCCUACAAUAAUGAAGUCCGCCGCAGACGAUGGCGGUGUCAAACUCCGAACUUACCAACAUGAGAUGCUGGAAGCUAGCAUGAAACGUAAUGUCAUUGUAGCAAUGGAUACGGGCUCAGGGAAGACGCACAUUGCCAUCGCUCGCAUGAGAAGAGAGCUCGAGAAUGCGGAAUGCCCAAAGACCAUUUGGUUCUUGACGCCCUCUGUCGCCUUGGCGAUGCAACAGCAGAAAGCUAUCUCAGCUGAAUUGCCAGCAUAUCGCACCAUAAGUUUAACGGGACUCGACAAUGUCGACAAAUGGACUGAUCAGAAGCUCUGGGAUGCGACUCUCAACAAUGUGGACGUGGUCGUUGCGACCCCCGCCGUGCUUUUGGACGCUCUCACCCACGCAUUCGUCAGUAUUACGAGCAUUUCUCUCCUCGUGUUUGAUGAAGCACACCACGCGACCAAGAAGCACCCAAUGAACACAAUCAACAUGCAAUUCAUCGACCCCGCGCAAAAACGUGGACUGAAAGUGCCGGCGAUCCUUGGCCUCACAGCGAGCCCUGUCGUGAACUCAAAACAUGGUAGCCUUGAGAUGCUAGAGGCCAAUCUCCACGCUAUWUCGGUCACUCCAAAGACCCACCGAGCUGAGCUGGAGCGUCAUGUCAAUGCACCGCGGGUAGAAGUAGUCCUAUACUCUGCGGACGUCCCAGCUAUUUCGGACAAUGUUUGUUCCGCCCUUGCAAGGGAAGCUCGAAGCUACGAUGUCAAUACCGAUCCCUACGUCCUUGAUCUACGAGAACGAGAUGACCUGAAGGCCACGAAAGAACUCAUCUCGGUCAUGAACAAACGGAAAACGUACAGCCUUGAGCAGAUCAGGGCCCUCGAUCUGCGCGCCUCAACUCUGGAGACGGAAUUCGGGCCAUCGAUCGCUAGCUGGUACGUGUCGACGUGCAUUGAUAGGUUCAGCGAAGGGAUUGCAUCAGAGAGCACCGUCCUUCCCGACCUCUCCGAACGCGAAAGAUCGCACUUGGCCAGCAUUUUGCUUAGAGUCAAGGGUCAUAGUGUGUCUGAUUUCCAGGAGGCGCUGGACACGUCCUGUAUUACCGAGAAGGCGCAAAAGCUGGUGCAGGUUCUACAGAAGUCUGCCAGUCCUUCGCUGCGUGGCAUUAUCUUCGUGGAGCAACGAGUACAUGUCACUGCACUGACAGAGCUCCUUCGACGACUACCAGAAGUUCGAAAUUCGUACAAAAUCGCCUCAUUCGUUGGCACUUCCACCUCAUCAAAACGCAAAGGAUCGCUUGCCGAUCUGGUCGACAUCAGAGAUCAGCAAGCCGACCUUGACGCCUUCCGCUCUGGUACCAAAAAUCUGWUGAUAUGUACAAGCGUACUCGAAGAAGGGAUUGAUGUGUCCUCUUGCAAUCUCGUCGUUUGCUUCGAGAUACCGAAGAACCUCGUUUCGUUCGUUCAGCGGCGGGGACGAGCGAGGAAAAAUGAUUCCAAAUACGUACUUUUCGUCUCGCAAGACGACCACAAGAGGCAGAACAGGCCGUGGGAGGCUCUCGAGGCUCGAAUGAAAGAACUAUACAUGGACGAUACCCGUCAACUCAAUGAAAGAGUCGAUGAAGACCCAGAUCCAGGCGACAGGCUGUAUCGUGUUGAUGCCACGGGCGCUAUUCUUACUCUGGACAAUGCCAAAGCUCAUCUCUAUCACUUUUGUAGCGUAGGCACCAUGCACGCAAGCAAUUACAUCGACCUACGGCCUGAGUUUGACACCGUACAAGAUCCGACUACUGAGUUGUGGACUGCAGUCGUUGAUUUACCUUCCUUUGUUCACAUCAGUGUUCGCCAUGCCUCCUCCGCACGAGCCUGGAAAACUGAGGAUCAGGCAGUGAAGGAUGCGGCGUUCGAAGCAUACGUCAAAUUGCAUAAGAAUUGUCUGAUCAACGACAACUUGCUUCCUUUGACUAAGGAGUAUGGGCCCGAGACCGGUCAACACUAUGACCAGCCUUCGAUCGUUUGCGUUUCAGACCGCAAACUUUCACUGGCCGUUUCCUACGAAGGUGGCAUAAACGAGCACUCAUGGUACAACACCAGCUUGAGCAUAAGUCUGGUUGAGGAGAAACUCGUCGAGAUGGAUGUUUGGACGCCAUUCCAGCCACCAAAGUUAGAAGACAUCGUGCUUUACUGGAACCGCGAAGUGACAUACACUGUUCAGUUUACUCGCCCUACUACUACUCGAUUGAGCAUGGACAGGGAGCAAUUGAGACUACUGCGAGCGACAACCAAGGUCCUUCUCAGUUCUGUUCAUGCCAGUCGCAUGGCGUCCGAGGCAGACGACUUUCUCGUACUGUUUGCUCCGUCAGCGGUUGCGGAUCUCGGGACAUGGCUGCAAGAGGUCCACGGCAAUCGCACAGCAUCUGAGUUCAUUGCAGCCGGUACACUCGAGCAAGCCGGCGUAGUUCGCGUAUCCAGCCAGGCUGGUCGCACAUUUUUUCUUGAUGCCAAGAAUGGGAAUUUKUCUUCAGGGGUACAACAUGACCAGCUUGUAGUCUUGAGCUUCCCAAAGCGCAGAGACUUUUUGCAUCCAGUUACAUCUGAUGCGGGUACAAACGCUGCGUAUACGACCGCCCAGUCGUUUUCUUUGAGCGAUUGUACCAUCGAUCUGUUGCCAGCAAAAUACGCAUUGUUCGCGGCGUUCGCUCCAUCAAUUAUACACCGAAUGGACACAGCCCUCUCGGCUGCCGAGUUGAACAAUACCGUUUUGCAGAAUGUGGGUAUCAGCAACGUAUCUCUCGUAUUAGAAGCUAUCAGCGCUCCGGCCACUGGCGAGAUGCAUGAUUACAAUCGCUUGGAGUACCUAGGCGACACUUGCCUCAAGCACUGUACAGAGCUACAAGUCAUGGCCCAGCAUCCAACAUGGCCAGAGUCAUAUCUGACUCUCGAGCGUGAUCGAAUGGUACGAAACACCAAUUUAGCAAAGGCAGCAAUGGACCUUGGCUUGGACAAAUACAUCCUCACCACGCAAUUUACCGGCAGCAAGUGGCGACCACUUUACGUCAGCGAGAUCGUCUCGAAUGAACCCAAGCAACGCCAAAUUUCCACUAAGACACUGGCCGAUGUUGUCGAGGCACUCAUCGGAGCCGCUUUCGUCGAUGGUGGCAAGAUAGAACAAGCUCUGCUGUGUAUCCAAACGCUUCUGCCAACGGAAACCUGGUUCUCACCACGACACUGUUUCGACGUCAUGAUUGGAGAACUCCGACCAUGCGAAGUGAACAAUUUAUCGCUCCUCGAGCAGGUUGUGGGACAUACCUUCACCAACAAAACACUUUUGAUAGAGGCCCUUACCCACGUUUCGUUUCCUUACAACAAAACCGGCCUGUCCCUCGAACGAUUGGAGUUCCUCGGCGAUUCAGUACUGGAUAUGCUGGUCACGCCCAAAUUAUUCGCCCAUGCCCGUAACCUUAGACAUGACCAGAUGCACGGAAUCCACGAAGCUCUGGUCAACUCAGCCUUUUUGGGGCACCUGUGCAUGAGCUAUGAGGUGGAACAGGCAAUGGAACAAGUGGUUCUCAGCGGUGACUCGUGCGAGAUCGAAGUGUCUGUCAGGAAACUCCAUCUCUACGAUCUUCUUCGCUGCGGUUCUCAACUAUUGCCUCUGAAGCAAAAGUCUCUCGCAGCCUUUGAGCAACUGCAUGCAGAAAUUGACGAAGCAUUGGCCAACAGCAAGGAAUACCCCUGGCCCGCACUGGUAGCAGAGCGCCCGCAAAAGUUCUUCUGUGACCUAGUGGAGUCUAUUCUGGGUGCCCUGUUCGUCGACUCCAGAGGCGAUAUGAGCGUCUGUGAAGCUUUUGCAGAUAGGCUUGGGAUAUUCAAACACAUGAAGCGGAUCUUGAACGAUCAUGUGGAUACGCUUUCACCAAAAGAACGAAUGGGGAUUCUUGCUGAUCGGGACGCGGUUCGGUAUGAAAAUAGUCGCAGUGAGAAGGAUAAUGGGGGGAGGACGUUUGCCUGUACCGUCAUCGUUGGCGACGAGUCGGUCGCGACUGUUGGGGACUGCGGGAGUAAGGAAGAGGCYGAGGUGAAGGCAGCUUACAAGGCGUGCAAGCUGCUAGAGGCCAGGGGGACAUCGCGCCGCCGGAAAAGGAAAGUUCAUGUAGCUGGGCUGAGCUCUGAGAAUGAUGGUGAAGCAAUGGGGAUCGAGGAGUCGUCCACUGUAGGAGCGACUGAAGUGGAGUAG